CGGCCUAUUGUAAUCUCACCCUCUGUUUUUCUUUUCUUGUACUUCGGCUCCUUGCCCUCCUUACGUCUUCCUGGAUUGGACCGGAUAUAAGGACUCUUGCCUCUGGAACCUUUUUUUCUUUCUUCUACCACAGGAUCAUGCAGCAAUAUGCCCAUGGAAUUCCGUCGCCUCCGGCAUCACCCCAGGUUUUUGACCAGCAAAAGUGUGCCUUUCAGCCUCCCACAGCCGCUGCCGCUCCCCGCCAACAACCACAACAACAACGACCGCGACGAUGCGUGCCCCUUGUCGCGGAGGAUAGGCUAGGCAUGCUGCUCGAGGGGAAACUCCGUCUGACCCAGGUUCUUGGCACCGGCGCCUACGGCGUUGUCUACACCGCUGUUGAUGUAAACACCGGUAUUCCCUAUGCUGUCAAGUGCUUAUCCAAGUUCAACCCCGAUGGUACACCGCUGGAGCGCCGGCAAGCGGCCUACCAGUCGCGCGAGAUUCGUCUGCACUACUUGGCGUCGGCACACAGCAAUGUCGUGUCGAUGCACAAGAUUGUGGACGACGCCGACUGCAUAUACGUGAUCCUCGAGUACUGCCCUGAAGGUGAUCUGUUCGCCAACAUCACGGAGCGUGGCCAGUACGUUGGCAACGACGAGUUGUCUCGACGGGUCUUUCUCCAAAUCUUGGACGCCGUGGAGCACUGCCACAAGCUUGGAAUCUACCAUCGGGACCUGAAGCCAGAGAACAUCUUGGUCACGGACUGUGGUGAGACUGUCAAGCUGGCCGACUUUGGCCUGGCGACUGCCGAGGAUCGAUCCGAGGACUAUGGCUGCGGAUCUACCUUUUACAUGAGUCCUGAAUGCCUCGACUCAUAUGCGCGCAAGCCUUUCUACAUGUGCGCUCCUAACGAUGUCUGGUCCCUGGGCGUCAUCCUGGUCAAUCUCACCUGUGGUCGCAACCCGUGGAAGCAGGCUUCUUUCCAGGACUCCACCUACCGUGCCUAUGCCCGCUCCCAGGAAUUCCUCAAGACCAUACUGCCCAUCACCGAUGAGCUGAAUGACAUCUUGGCCUGCAUCUUCAAUCCCUCUCCCGCCCACAGGAUCACCCUCCCCGAGCUGCGCGAGAGGAUCAUGGCGUGCCACCGCCUGACCGUGGGCCCCCAGAUGCCACCCAGCCCGCCCGCUACCCCCGACCAGCUUUCCAACCCUUGUGGAGUUCCCGAGGAGGCGAUCCUGGACGAGUAUGAGGAAUGCGAGAGACUGUCUCCCACGUCCAGCGUGUCAGAUGAUGGAUCCCUAUCGUCAGACAUUUCCACCAUCUCGGAUUCGGACGACGAGUUCAUGCAGGAGCAACAGAUGCCUACGCCUCCUGAGGCUCACUUUUACGGACAAGAACCUCAGAUUGCUCCACAGGAUGUUUACUACGCCGCCCAGGAAUACAUCCCUCAGCACUACACCGGGCCCACACCCCAUCAACCCCUUCCGUCGCCAGGUCAUCACCAGGCAACGCAAAAUGCGCAGCAAUUCUGCGCACCAGCACCAGCAAAGUCCUACUUUCCGCUGUGGGAUGCGCUGGGCCGAUACGUCCAGCAGGGCGCGCCGCAUUUCUAUGCGCCGCAUCACCAGGUACCUGCUUACCCUCAGUUCCAGGGAUGCUUCUGAACGAAGCGAACGGAUCACUUCUUGGAUAUACUACACUUUCUCGACAUAUUAUUACCCGCGCCGGAUCAUGGAUUCCGGACACAAACCUUCUCUACACUCUUCUUGUCUUUCGGAAAGCGAGGAGUUUCUGUCUGUACAUUUGCUUUACUUUUUAUCUUUUACACCGGGGCAGGAGUUAUCUAUCAUGAUGAGGCAUGAACAUGACGACGAAGAAAAACAACAAUAUUCUUUUAAUCGGAGGAGUUGGGGUUCACAGACACUUGGGAUUAGAUACCAGUUCAGGAGGAUACUGGACGGCAUGAAAGUAGAUACUAAGCUCAAGCUAGGUGCAAAACACCACUGAAUACAAUGGACGAGACAUCUCGUCACAAGCAAGCAAUCUUCGUUCGCCCUGCGUGACAAU